AUGGAAGAAAUAAAUAAAACUGCAAAGAUACAAUUCUUCUUUCGUCCAUUCUCAGCUGACCCAAAGGUACAGGUGGUGAUUUCUGUGGCCUUCCUGGUGAUGUACCUGACCAGCCUCAGUGGAAAUGCCAUCAUUGCAGUUAUUGUCCAGAUCAACCACUCUCUCCACACCCCCAUGUACUUCUUCCUGGCUAACUUGGCAGUUCUGGAAAUCUCCUAUAUACCUUCCAUCGCCCCACUGGCCUUGGCAAACCUUCUUUCAAUGGGCAAAACUCCUGUUUCUAUCACUGGAUGUGGCACCCAAAUGUUUUUCUUUGUCUUCUUGGGUGGGGUUGAUUGUGUCCUGCUUGCAGUCAUGGCUUAUGACCAGUUUAUAGCAAUCUGCUACCCUCUACGAUACACCCUCAUCAUGAGCUGGCCCUUGUGUGUGGAGUUGAUGGUGGGAUCCCUGGUACUGGGGUUCCUGCUGUCGCUACCACUGACUAUUUUAAUCUUCCAUCUCCCAUUCUGCAACAACAACAAAAUCUACCACUUCCACUGCGACAUGCCUGCCGUCAUGCGCCUGGCUUGUGCAGACACGCACGUUCACCAAACUGCUCUGUAUAUCAUCAGCUUCAUCGUCCUAAGCAUUCCCCUCUCAGUGAUCUCCAUCUCCUACGUCUUCAUCGUGGUAGCCAUUUUACAGAUCCGGUCAGCAGAAGGGCACCACCUAGCCUUCCCCACCUGCUCCUCUCACAUCUUAGUGGUCCUCCUGCAGUAUGGCUGCACCAGCUUUAUAUACUUGUCCCCCAGUUCCAGCUACUCUCCUGAGAUGGACUGGGUGGUGUCUGUGGUCUACACUUUUAUCACUCCCAUUUUAAACCCCUUGAUCUAUAGUAUGAGGAACAAGGAAUUGAAAGAUGCCCUGAGGAGGGCACUCAGCGAGUUCUAG